AUGGUUGCCGAGACCAAGCUAUACGAUGAAUUGAGCAUCAAGCCCGACGCAUCCCAAGACGAAAUUAAAAAGGCAUACAGGAAAGGCGCCUUGAAGCAUCACCCCGACAAGAACAAGGAUAAUCCCAAGGCUGCGGAGAAAUUCAAAGAACUGUCACAAGCGUACGAAGUCCUGUCAGACCCCGAAAAGCGAAAGAUAUAUGACCAAUAUGGGUUGGAGUACCUGAUGCGAGGAGGACCUGCCCCUUCUGCCGGCACCGGUGCCGGUGCUGGGCCCGGCGGCGCUGGCUUCAGCACUGGUGGCAUGCCAGGAGGUUUCAGCUUCUCUAACAUGGACGGAUCACCAGGCGGCACUCGCAGCUUCCGCUUCCAAACGGGCCCCGGCGGUGGGUUUAAAUUCAGUAACGCCGAGGAAACUUUUAAGAACUUUGCCAAAGGCGCAGGUGGGGGAAUGGGUUUGGAUGAGGAUGAGCUUCUCGCCAAUAUACUCGGCGGUGGAAUGGGUGGCAGCCCGAGAUUCAGGAGUUCCGGAGGUGGUGGUGCUGGAGGCUUCGGCCAGCGCCAUGCGCCUCCAGCCCCCGAGCCUCAAGUACUCGAAAAGCCGUUGCUGUUGACUCUGGAAGAGCUCUUCAAAGGGACAUAUAAAAAAGUGGUGACUAAGAGCAAGACAUUCGACCCGAGCGGGAGGCGGACUGUUAAUGAGAUCACUCUCGAGGCCAACAUCAAGCCUGGGUUGCGAGCUGGCUCCAAACUCAAAUACAAAGGGGUGGGCGAUCAGGAAGAAGGGGGUCGACAAGACGUUCACCUGAUUGUCACAGAGAAAGAACAUCCUGUCUUCAAGCGCAGCGGCGAUAACCUCAUCGCAUCCGUCGAUGUCAGUCUAAAGGAAGCGCUUACCGGAUGGGACCGAAUCGUCAAGACAAUCGAUGGCAAGUCCAUUCGCGUCUCCAAACCGGGGCCUACGCAACCCGGCUACGAAGAGCAUUUCCCUGGCCAGGGCAUGCCGAAUUCCAAGAAGCCAACUGAACGAGGCGAACUAAUCGUCAAGGUCAACGUCAAGUUCCCAACAAGCUUGACGGCUACACAAAAGGAGAAAUUAAAGGAAAUCCUCCCUUGA